GUAUAAAGCAGGGUGAUGACGGGGCUGGGCCCCAGUGCCUGGACCAUCAUGGAGAUUGUUCUUUGGGUGUGCCUAAGUUUUCUCUGCCUGCAGGGCAGCUUGCCCCAGCUCACACAUGGUGCAGACUGUACUGGGACAUCACAGGAAAAGAACUGUGUCAGCGGGCAGACCACCGGAGGAAAGAAUGAAGGGCUUGUGCGCCUGAAGCCAUCUGCUGCAAGAAAGACCCAUAACCAGAAACAGCCACAGCGAGGACAACUUGGGGCACUCUCUGCACUUGGUAUGUGGCUAGGUGACGACUUGCUAUUGGACAGACAGAAGAGACAGUUGGGGAGGAACUCCCUUCUUCCUGGGUCCUUCUCAGCCAAGGGCUUCCCCAACACACUCAUCAAAGUUCAGACAGAGCGGGCCAGGAGACACCUAGGCCAGUCGGGGACCAAGAAGAACAAGUAUAAAUCCAGAGUGGGAUCCUUCUCUCUCCUCAGCAACAACCCCAGUGCCUCCCUACAGGUAACCAGAGUACGGAGGCAGGUGCAGAAUGAGAGGAAGAGGGUGAAGCCAAGAGGACGAGUCGGAGCGUAUUCCAUUAUGGGACGACUCGCCCCACCCCACACAAUCUCCCCCCUCCCAUCUGAGUCAAUCUAUCUUCCAGGGACAGAGAUGCAAGAGGAGCGCACGGAAGAAAAAACAAGAUUGUUUGCUGAAGCGAAGUGAUUUGCUGAAGCGCUACUGCUUUAAUGAACUGUACUUUAUAUAUUAUCUUCGUAAACAUAUUGUUUUUUUACAUGUAUUUUAAAAUGAUAUAUUAUAACAUAUACGUAUAAUGGAAACACAUUGCUGAGGACAAGUAUACAGUAUCUUUGAGAGCCCCUUUAAUAUUGUCUUUUAUGAUCUGCUGAUUUACACAUUUUUUUUGUUUUUUUACAGAAUUGUAUUUUUGAAAAGGUGAUUCUUUGGUAAUUCUGUGCAUAUAUCAGAUUCAAAUUUAGUCAAAAUGUAGGAGGAUAUGUCAUGAGAGCUUCUACAUCUGCAUUGCUUGCUGUUUGUACAGCGCUUUGUGACAUUGGCUGAUGUAAAAAGGGCUUUAUAAAUACAUUUGAUUGAUAAGUCUA